AUGGACCAAAGUUUUCUGGACGCCGUGUCCAAACACGUACAUGAUCAUCCAAUCCUUACGGCCUGCGUAGGAGUCACCCUGCUGGCCGCUCUUGCAGGAACUCCAGCCACUCUCUUCGGAAUGGGAAAGGCAAAGUACUGGCACUCGACGAAAUCGUUGCUGUUGAAAACGAAAGAUGGACGAACCAGCUCGUUAGCCGACAUGUGCAAAUCUAUCGUACCUCCCUGCCGACUCAAUCCGUUGCUGUUCAAUGGCCAUUUACAGACUAUGUGGACAGUCCUGACUCGUCAGUCCAUUCCCAUAUACUACAAACGGUGGAUCUUUGAGCAUGAGGAUCCAAUCUACACCGGGCAAUUUGCUGUUGACUUUGCCACGAAACCCAACGACGCUCAUGAUCCAAGUCUACCGCCACGAACCACUUAUUUCAGCAAAGAAGAAUUCGAUGAUAUUGCUUCGGAUGACAACCGUCCUAUGCUUGUUAUGCUCCAUGGACUCAGUGGAGGAUCCCACGAGCUCUACCUCCGGCAUGUUCUGGAGCCUCUAUUAAGAGAGGGAGGAUGGGAAGCCUGUGUCAUCAUCUCCAGAGGAUGCUCUAUGACCAAGAUCACAUCAAGCGUCCUUUAUAAUGCACGUGCCACCUGGGAUACCAGACAGACUGUGAAGUGGCUACAAAAGAAGUUCCCUAAUCGUCCUCUCUUCGGUAUUGGAUUUUCGUUAGGUGCCAAUAUUUUGACAAAUUAUCUCGGCGAAGAAGGAAGCAAUUGUGUCCUGAAAGCCGCGGUGAUCUUGUCGAACCCCUGGGAUCUUGAAGCCGGCAAUCUAGCUCUGAUGAGGACCUGGUUCAAUCGAAAUGUGUAUGCCGCAACCAUGGGCAGCAGUAUGAAGAGGCUGUUCGAGACCCACGUGGAGCAAGUCUCCAAGAAUCCCAAGAUCAAUCUUGAUCUGGUUCGAAAGGGUAAAUAUCUGCGGGAUUUCGAUCGGCAUGUUCAAGGUCCGACCUGGGGCUAUCCCACUGAGGGUGCAUAUUACCGUGAUGCCUCUUCCGUCGACUCGGUCCUCGCCAUCAGAAUUCCAUUCCUAGCCAUCCAUGCAGAAGACGAUCCUGUGACAGCGAGCGAAGCCUUGCCACGCCAGGAAGUGCAGCAGACCCCUUAUGGCGUUCUCUGCACCACGCCGGGUGGUGGCCAUUUGAGCUGGUUCGAGCUUGGUGGAAGGAGAUGGUUUCCCAGAGUGACGACCCCGUUCUUCCAGAAGAUGGCUCGUGAGGUCGACCUCGACGCUAUCUCAAAGGUCGAGGGCGACGGUAAACUUGAAGGGCAGAUAUCUCGCACGGAUCGAGAACCCCUGAAACCGGUCUUUGAACCGAUGAGGAGAAAGAUGCAUGUGCCUGGCCAGUAG